GGUUAGAUUCUUCAAAGAAAUAAAUAGCAGGCUGCAUUUGAACAUUGGCGGCGAAAGGGAUCAGUAGAUGACAAAGUAAAGAUCAUAACAACAAUGUCUUUUCCGAAGGCAAACUUCAAAAGAUUCAAUGAAGUGUCGGGGUGUGCUCCCCCUGUUGGAGCGUAUGACCCCAAACUUUCUUCCAAACAGGCAGGAGGCCUUAUAGAUAAAUCAGAGAGGUUCAAGGCUCCACAAGAUGUAGGGUCAGAUGUUUUGGAUACACCAUCAAAGAAAAGGAUUCCUAGUGACUCUGUGUGUGGAAACACUUCAGUUUUUGACAGCAGUAUCCUUAAACCAAAAACCAAGAAAGCAGAACAGACUCCGUCAGCUGAUUCUAUCAAGAUCAAGGAGCUGGAGAGAGAGAUCCGUAUGCUUUUACAAGAGAGAACAAAUCGAGACAAGGUUUUAAGUCAUCGAGAGGAAGAAAUAACAAAAUUGGAGGGUCGCUUGGCAAAUGCUCAGACUGACCGAAGCUCUCUAAUUGCAAAAGUAGCCACACUGGAGAAGUCCAUGAAAGAUGCCAACAAAAGCAAUGACCUGUUGAAAAAUAAGAUCUCAGCAGCAGAAAAUGCAGGGAAGAGAAAUGAAGCCACACUGGUGGAACUUUCCAAUCUCAAACAUCAACUAGAACUGAAAGACAAAGAAAUCCACAGACUUGAUCAGGAAAUAGAUACAUUGAAAAAAUCUCAGCUGUCUGAUUUCACAUUGUUUGAAUCUAUUAUAGUCUCCUUGGAAAAUAGAGUUGAUAAUUUUGCAGAAGAUGGUAAACUUUAUGGAUCUCCUCAGAAAACUGAAUCAGUAAAAACAGAGACAACCAAAACAGGGGAACCAGGUCAGGCCAGUGGAAAACCAGGCACAUCAAAGAAAAACGUGGAGAAACUGAAGAAUCGAUUUGAGAAGGUCAUUCAGAUGUACAGCAGUAAGGUCGAUGAUAUGAGACAAGCCAUGCAGGAGAAGUGUAACACAGCAAGACAACAACAGGAAAGUCUGGUAGCCACACUGAGACAAACAGAGGAAAACAUGUUACAGCAGGCUAAGGAGAUACAGGCAGAGAGGGAAAAGACCAAAGACCAGAGGAAGCUGCUGUACAGUAAGAUCAGGAGUCUAACAGAUAAGAACUGGAGCAAGGAGGACGAAGUCAGGUUUCUGAAGGGGGAGGUGUCGGCCGUGUGUGAUCUGGCUGGGGAGAUGGACCAGGAGACCUUUGAGCUGGAGGCAGAGGUAGCUGUACUGACAGAGAAAAUGGAUCAGUUAGAAGAGGAGAAAAAUACUUUGAAUGAAAACAUAAAGAUUCUAAUGGAGAAAUUUCAGAUUCUGGAGAAAAAUCAUGGACAUGAGAGAAAGUCCAGUGGGGAGAUUAUAAAGAACCUGAAAUACCAGCUAGGAAUCGCUCAGACUAGUCUCGCUGACAUCCAGAGGGAGAAAUGCUGUCUGGAGGAAAAAAAUAAUGAGCUUAUUAGGAAAAUGCAUGACCAGUUGGAAGAAAUAGAAACCCUUGCAUCACAGCUGGAGGAUAAAGAAAUAAAAUCUGAUGAAAUGACAGAGCUUAUUAAGGACAAAGAGAACAUGAUCACAGACUUGGAUGUUCAACUGGUCGGGGCAAGGAUUGAAAUGGAGCACCUGAAAGAGAAAGCCGAGAUCCAGGAGAAAGAGAUUGAAACGCUGAAGGUAGAAAUUCAGAAAGAAGUGGAUUCAAUAAGGAAGCAGCUACAGGAAGAAGAGGAGAUUCACCAGAGAACAGCCAGAGGCCAUGCUGAUCAAAUCAUUGACCUGGAGAAAAGAGAGCUAAGUUUAAUAGAAGAAAAUGAGAAACACAAAAAGGAAGUUGAAGAGUCAACACAAAAAUGUAUGGAGUUGAAAAAUAUGGUAGAAAAUCUGAAUACUGAAAUUGCCAACCUUACUGAGCAGUCUGAAAAGGAGUUAAAACGCUUGUUGGAUACUAAAGAAAAUGAGAUGAAGUCAAUGGAAGAAAACUUACAGAAAGUCAAAGAAGAAAAUGAAAAACUUGAACGCACCAUUACCGAGAAAGAGGACUGUUUGUUAAACUGUCAAGCCACAAUAUCAAAUCUGGAGGAAAAGAUAGCGAUUCUGAGGGCUGAUGCUGAAUCUUUAGAGAGAGAAUAUGAGGAAUUAAAACAGAGUCAAGGAAACGCCAUGGAAUCUAUCAUGAAGAGGGCAGAGAAAACGAAGGAGGAAAAUGUUAAGUUGAAAGGAGAUUUAGAGUGUGUCAUCAAAGAGAAACAUGAACUGUUCUGUAAAGUGGCUGAAUUGCAAGUCAGCUCCACUGAGACAGACUCUUCUCUAGCUGAGAAACAACAACUGAUAGAGACUUUGUCAGAAAAGAAUGGUAACCUGGAAGAACAAGUUAGAAUUAUAUCUGAAGAGAAGGAGAAAUUAGACCUCGUUGUUACAGAGCUGAAUGUUAAGCUGAAGGAAACAGCAGAGGAUAUUGUGAGUGAAAAGAGUUUACUGGUAGUGACAGAAUCCACACUGAAGGCUCAGCUUGAACAGUUACAGCAGGAAGUGGAGAGGAACAAAGACGAAUGUGUCAAGAAAGAGAAAGAUGUCACAAGUCUGUUAGUGGAAAACAGUCAGCUUAUGAAGGAGAUCGACUAUCUUAACGCUUUGAAAGAACAAGACCUUGACCAGAUGUCAGAACAAUUGGUUGGUUUUGAGGAAAGAGUGAAACACUUAAUAGAGGAGAAAGCAAGUCUGUACCAAAAGACAGCAGACAUUGCUACAGAAAAAGAACGACUGGAAGUGGAGAAUCUGAGGCUGAAGAACCAGGCAGAGCAAGCGGCCGAUGAUCUGGAGAAAGAAAAGUUAAUGUUAACAGAGAGGGAGGAGUCCAUAUCCACACAGCUCAAUAAGCUUCAGGAACAAAAGCUUUCUUACGAACAAGUGAUCACAGCAUUGCAAAGACAGUUGAAGGAGUCACAGGAAACAAUGUUAGAUCUACAGAAUGAAUGUGAACAGUUAACUAAGGAGUCCAAAUCUGAACAGGCUGAUAAAGAAAGUCGUAUUCAGGCACUGGAGUUAAAACUAAAUUCUGUUACGGAGGAGAAUUCUUGUUUGACAGAUCAAAUGGGACAAGCUGAGCAAGUUAAAUGUAAACUGAAAGCAGAAGUUGAAGAUCUGAAAACAAAGAUCACAAAUAUAACAAAAUCCCAUGAUGCUGAAGUGCAAAAACAUUUAGACAAUAUUCAAGAACUUCAGAAAUCUCUCUACAUAUCCACCAACUCCAACCAGAAGGAGCUGAACCAGCUACAGAGUGAGCUGUCUAAUGUUGUGAAGAAGAAGAUGGAGGACAACAAACUGUUCACGGAGAAGAUCAGUAAGGCUAAGUCAGAGUUACAGAGUGAGAGGCAGAUAAGACAGACAUUGGAGGAGGACUUCAACCUUCUACAGGGCAGGUGUAGGGACCAGGAGGUGGCUAGGCUGGCUCUCACCAAGGCGGUAGACAAAUUGGAGGAAGAAAGAGAUCAUUUGAAGUCACAGAACCAGGAUCUUGGUGAACAGAUUUCCCAGAAAGAAGUCAAAGAGCAAGAAUUGUUGCUUGAAAUCCAAAAACUACAGAGUGCUUUGAGAGAUGCUGAAGCUGAGAGGUUGGAGGAGAAAGAGAGACACAGACAAGAAAUAGCUGUCCUCAGUGAGUCUGUACAAGCUCAGGCUAAUCAGGAGGAACUGGAUAAUAUGACAGCUGAGGCUGAAAAGUGGCAGAAACUAUUUGAGGAUCUUCAGACUAAAGUGGAGCCUUUUAUGGAGCAGUUGGAUGCUUUUGAAUUAGAAAAACAAGCUCUGUUGGGCAGGAGUAAUCAUGCCCAGGCUGAAAUGGACAAACUCUCAAGUCAGUAUGCCAAACUUCUAGGACAUCAAAAUCAGAAACAGAAAAUCCAUCAUGUGGCCAAAAUCAAGGAGGAAAAUAACACUCUGAAAAGGGAGAUGACCAUGCUUAAAGAGCAGUUAACCAAGCAAAAGAGAACCAUCCAAAAACUGGAAGAAAAGGCAGGGACGACUGAUGGCAAGAAAAAGUUUGACCCCAGCAUGGCCUUCAAACACAGCAAAGAAAAUCUAGCCCCCACGUCUUCACCACUCAGAGAUGACUUGUGCAGCAUUCAACAGCAUGUUGAAGCUUCAGAGGCUAGUUCUGUGCCCUUCAGAAAACACAAAUAUUGUCACUCUUGUGGCAAACGUAAAUUAUCAAAGGGCAACAGAAAAUAAGGAGUAUGAUAGAGCUAGUACAGAGAGGAGAUAGGCAGCUUAUAACUCAGGAUAUAUUUUUAAAAAUCCAUUUUUCUCACUUUUAACUAUUUUUGCUAUCAAGUUGUAUUAGAUUUUAGGUAAUUUUAUCAUAGCCAUUGAUAGAUUUACAGGCAGUCUGUAGUUUAGUGUUGCUGAUUGUCAAAUUUGAACACAUAUCAGUUAUGUAUUCAAUAAACUAUAAAAGAUUAU